AUGGACCCUGGGGAAUGUACCUGCAUGUCUGGAGGAACCUGCACCUGCGGAGACAACUGCAAAUGCACAACCUGCAGCUGUAAAACAUGUAAAAAAAGCUGCUGUCCUUGCUGCCCCCCGGGCUGCGCCAAGUGUGCCCAGGGCUGCACCUGCAAAGGGGCCUCGGACAAGUGCAGCUGCUGCCACUGA